CGGAAAAGGAACAAGGCAGCUGAGCUGAGGGGCUGAGGGGUGCGGGCAGGCCCCCUCCAGGUUAGCUCCGUGUGGGCAAGACCCCAGACCAUGGGUCUCUAGUCCCUGCCCAGCUCCCGGAACUUUGCUUUUUCUGGCCCGCCCCCUGAGCGUGCGGCUUUCCGGCCUCAGGUCUGAGGGAAACAUGGUCUCCUUGCGCCUGGUUGUCUCUGCUGGGGAGUCCUGGCUGCCCUGUGGCCUCGGUCCUCGGCGGGUGCAGGGGCCCAAGCACUUGGGCCAUCUUCUGCUGCUCUCAGGCCAUAGCAGAGAGCUGGAUAAGGAGUGGUGCAGCUAGGAUAGGAACCAGCGCCCAUAUGGGACGCCUGCACUGCAGGCAGAGGCUUAGCCUAUUGCACCACAACACCAACCCGUUUUUCAGUUAUGGGACAAAGAUAUUAUAUCAAAACAUUGAAGCUUCCCAGGCUAAAUUCUUUCCACCAGUUCAAAAAGUGAUGCUACCACCCAAUAGUUUUCAAGGAAAAGUUGCAUUCAUUACCGGGGGAGGUACUGGCCUUGGGAAAGCAAUGACGACCUUCCUGUCCAGCCUGGGUGCUCAGUGUGUGAUAGCCAGCAGGAAUGUUGAUGUUUUGAAAGCUACUGCAGAACAAAUUUCUUCUCAGACUGGAAAUAAGGUUCAUGCCGUUCAGUGUGAUGUGAGGGAUCCUAACAUGGUUCAGAACGCAGUGUCAGAACUGAUCAAAGUAGCAGGGCAUCCCAAUAUCGUGAUAAACAAUGCAGCAGGAAAUUUUAUUUCCCCCUCUGAAAGACUGUCUCCUAAUGCUUGGAAGACGAUAAGUGACAUAGUUCUAAAUGGCACGGCCUAUGUGACGCUAGAAAUUGGAAAGCAACUAAUUAAAGCACAGAAAGGAGCAGCGUUUCUUGCUAUCACAACUAUCUAUGCGGAGACUGGAUCAGGUUUUGUGGUACCAAGUGCUUCUUCCAAAGCAGGCGUGGAAGCCAUGCACAAGUCUCUUGCAGCUGAAUGGGGUAAAUAUGGAAUGCGAUUCAAUGUGAUUCAGCCAGGGCCUAUAAAAACCAAAGGUGCCUUUAGCCGUAUGGACCCAACUGGAGCAUUUGAGAAAGAUAUGAUUGAAAGAAUUCCCUGUGGCCGACUGGGGACUGCAGAAGAACUGGCAAAUCUUGCCGUUUUCCUUUGUAGUGAUUAUGCUUCUUGGAUUAAUGGAGCAGUCAUUAGAUUUGAUGGCGGAGAGGAAGUACUUAUAUCGGGUGAAUUCAACAGUCUGAGGAAGGUCACCAAGGAGCAGUGGGACACAAUAGAAGGACUCAUCAGGAAGACAAAAGGCUCCUAAGGCCACGCUGCCUUUUCUUGGUUACAGUAGAAGUCAGAAAACAGAAGUAGUAGGAACUGACUGUAAUCUUGAAUAUUGUCAAGUCUAAUAGAUUGUUAAUUAACAGUGAUUGAAUGCAUAUGCUGUGACAGAACAAUGAUAGCCAUUGUAUAUCAAAGAUAAAUAAGAUGGGAUAUUGUCUCUCCAAGAAAAUUGUAAAGAAUAUGACGUUUGAACUACCUGGGUCCUGCCACCCACAUGGAGUCUCCUGGCUUCAGCCUGGCUCAUCUCUGGCUGUUGUGGCGGCAUUUGUGGAAUGAAGCAGUGGAUGGAAUAUCCAGCUGUCUCUGCUUCUGUCUCUCUCACCCUCUCUGUCUUCCUGAUAAAUAAAAAGAAAUAAAUGCUUCUUAACAGUGUGAAA